AUGGAUCUGCCCGAAAGAUUCCCAGCAAGCAUGGUCUUGAGCCGAGUUGCUGACCACCUCCGCGAUCGCUAUGGCGACCUUACUGUGGCUCUUCCCAUUAACCAUAUCGGGUACGAACAAGCACUGGCCGCAACUAUGCACUGCGUGCGCGGGCUUCCUGGACAGAUCGUUCUACCCCUGUCCGGCGAGCUGCCCUGA